CGCGGUCCUGGGUGCCGCAUGCGCAGUGGGUAGAAGCGGUAGUGGCAGCCAUGGACGAUGAGGAAGAGACUUACCGGCUCUGGAAGAUCCGUAAAACCAUCAUGCAGCUAUGUCAUGACCGUGGCUACCUGGUGACCCAGGAUGAGCUGGACCAGACACUGGAAGAGUUCAAAGCCCAGUUUGGGGAUAAGCCCAGUGAGGGGCGGCCACGGCGCACAGAUCUCACUGUGCUGGUGGCCCACAAUGAUGAUCCCACCGACCAGAUGUUUGUCUUUUUUCCAGAGGAGCCCAAGGUGGGAAUUAAGACCAUCAAGGUAUACUGCCAGCGCAUGCAGGAGGAGAAUAUCACCCGUGCCCUCAUCGUGGUACAGCAGGGCAUGACACCAUCUGCCAAACAGUCUCUGGUCGACAUGGCUCCCAAGUACAUUCUGGAACAGUUUCUGCAGCAGGAGCUGCUCAUCAACAUCACAGAGCAUGAGCUGGUCCCAGAGCAUGUCGUCAUGACAAAGGAAGAGGUAACAGAGCUGUUAGCCCGAUACAAACUCCGUGAGAACCAGCUGCCCAGGAUUCAGGCGGGAGACCCUGUAGCGCGCUACUUUGGGAUAAAGCGUGGACAGGUGGUGAAGAUCAUCCGGCCCAGUGAGACAGCGGGCAGGUAUAUCACCUACCGGCUAGUCCAGUAGUUGCUGCCUGGCCAGGCCUAUUGAGUGUUUUCCAUGCUCAGUGAAAUUGGCAUGGGGCUGCCCAGCCCGUGGUAACUUCUUUCCUGUCCAGACCCUGGAGAUGAAGAGACAGUGACCACCAUCAUCUUGAGGACUCAUGCCCCUGCCUGUGGGAGUCUGGUUCCCUCAAAUUUUGCCACUGUGCCUCUGGACUCCCCAAGGCAGGCAGCCGCUGCCUUGGUUCAUCUUUCUUGGGUGAGGCUUCCCAGGACCUGGCCUGCUUGAUUCACCUGUGGAUCCUUGAAUGACAGGGCCUCAGGAGGAGCAAGGCCCCAGUAAGGAGGAGAGCGGUGGACAGCUGAUGACACAUGGCAGUGCUGGAUCCUUGUCUAGUCUGUACUGGCUCCCAGGCAGGGGGACUUGGGGUCUGUGUCUCCUGCCUGGCUUGUCAGGAGCUCGGGCUGGAUCUUGGGCCUGUGUACAUGGGCUGCACCUCCACUAAGCCUUGGCUUACACCCUUGUGUUCUCUAAAUUCAGCAGGGUUCAAGAUUACAAUUUACGUAGAGUUCUCAGUUGCCAUAGGAUGUUAGAUAUUUCCAAACUUUAAAGACAUUUUGAGUAAAUAAAUUUGCUUGUUUCACAAA